CCAAAAGAAAAAAGAAUAAAAUAUAAAAAAAAACCCAUUAUUAUUCCUAUUUCAACAUAUUCAGCUCAGUCUUCUAAGCCGAGUUUUUCUUUUUUGUCUAUCCAAACAAAAAUCACAAUCUAGACCUAAAAAUCAACAAUAAAAUCAAAAUUGACAUACGCAUUUUACAAUUUGAAUAGAUAAUCUAAAAUCAUACGCAUUUUACAAUUUGAAUAGAUAAUCUAAAACUAUCCAAUUAAAAUCGGAUUAGAUUCAAGAAGAAUCAAAAAGAGAAAAAAUGGAGAAGAAAUUGAUGUAUGUAACAGCAGAAGCACCAGAUGUGAAUAAGAAUACAGAAUGGGUUACGUAUCCUGGAGUUUGGACUACCUAUAUUUUCAUCGUCUUCUUUACUUGGCUUCUUUUUCUCAGUCUUUUCGGUUGUUCUUCUGGCAUGGCUUGGACCUUUGUUCAUCUUACCCAUUUCUUUGUCACUUAUUACUUCUUUCACUGGAAGAAAGGCACACCAUUUUCUGACGAUCAAGGCAUAUACAAUGGAUUGACUUGGUGGGAGCAGAUUGAAAAUGGGCAGCAGCUUACUCGUAAUAGGAAAUUUUUCACUGUCGUCCCUGUGGUAUUGUACUUAAUUGCAUCACACACGACAGACUAUCAGAACCCAAUGCUUUUCUUCAACACACUUGCCGCUUUUGUGCUUGUAGUUGCCAAGUUCCCUAAUAUGCACAGGGUUCGUAUUUUCGGGAUUAAUGGAGAACACUGAUGAUGAUAAUCUUACUUUAUAUAAACAUUUCCAGUUUCGGCUGUUGUAAGAUUCGUAAUUGUUUUUGCAUAUAUGAUUUUUAGAGGAAAAAGGUGUACUAACCGAAAUUUUGGCAGUACUGUUCUAUGGCAUAUCGAUUUCUGCUGGUUGCUGAACUGACUCGACUUGCUUUUAUGUGUUUCUGUGAGCAGGUUGUAUGUCAAAAUGAACAGGCAGCCUAUUUCUGCUGAUUGCAUGAACCAAAUAAAUAUCAUUGUCUAUUUAUAUCAGUAAAUCUUGCUUUAGUGUAUUGUGGGAUUACCGGAUGACGUAGAACUCAAACUUAGGGCUGGUCGGAAUUUGAACAUUGGUAGAGCUUCAAGAGCUUGACUUGGCUUGGUCACCAAAAGUUUGUUUUGCUAGCUGCCUUAGUUGUUAUUGGGCUGACGGAGUUGUUUGCACCUUAAUUAUCACCGCAUAACGCCUUCUACUCACAUAUAUCUCCUUUUGAAUUUGUUAUAUUAAACAAUUUAAAGUGUAAAAUAUUAAAAUGGAUAAAUUUUACAUGGUAGCAUCAAACUUUCAUGAAA